AUGUGCUUCGAUGUCAAAAGGCCUCCAGGAGCUCCAGGAGCCUUUCCCGCUGUGGCCGUCUGGCCGCCCUCCUCGCUCACCACGCUGUCUGGGAGGGAGACGAGAGAGUGCGGAGGGCGCCCGACGGUCAGACGGGCGCAGUCCACCGGUCCUCCGCACACGCCCCCCAACACCAUCUUCGUUCAUUUUUCCUACCGCUCCUCCGUCGACUUUUCCUUAUUCUCUCUGAAUUUUCCCUCAAAUCUUCAAUCUUCCACCCCUAAGGGACCACUUUAGCAGGAUCCCUUGCCAUAAUGUCUCGAAGGCUUCUAUCAUGAAGCCCUUAUAGUCUCACUUUUUUUGAGGUCUUCAGAUGUCCCUUAAGCUCCUUAGAGCUUAUAAGACGUCUCAAAUUUUUUUAGGCGAGGUUCUAGAAAACGUAGAAAUGAUAUUCCUAGAGAAAAAAAUAUAGAAAUAAGUUUUUUUUAGGUUAAAAAAAGUUUGAGAAAACUUUUUGAGUUCUCCGAUAGCGCCUGGGACUUUCUCAGAGCUUUCAAAAAAAUUUUUCUGAAAGCUAAAAAAAUGAGACUAAAACUGUAGGUCCAAAAAAAUACGACAAAAAAAUGAUUUUUUUCCAAAAAAAGCAGAUUUUUCAUUUUUUUCAAAAAAAUCCAGAAAAUUUUGAAUCGUUUUUUUGAAAAAAAUUUUUCGAAAUUUCAUUUUUUUGAGCGUUAUUUCACUAUCGAUGAAAGUAUUAAAAAAUUUCGAAAAACGAAAAAGAAUCUCGAAAAAAAUUCCAAAAAAAUGAGAUUUUUUUGAUUUAUUAGCCGAUUUCCACUGAAAUUUUUUUAACACAAAUUUUUUUCCAAAUUUUUAUUGGCCUCAAACUUUUUUUCAUGCUCUUUUAAACUUCCUAAAAGCCUCAGAAGACCUCAAAAACCUCAAAAACAAAAUCUGAAAACAGUUAGAAAAAACAGAAAAAGUAGAUUGACGGCCUGAAGAGACGCCAGACGACGAGAGCGUUUCUAACUUCUCUGGCGUCUCUUCAGGCCGUCGCUGGUUUCUUCAAGCCAUAGGUGUUUCGAAAAAAAUAUCUAAGUGAUAUUGAGAAAACGUUGAACUCCUGUAGAGACGCCAGGGAAGUCAGAGAAGAGCACUCUCGUCGUCUGGCGUCUCUUCAUGCUUCUGUCACACUCUCAUUUCCGCUUCUUUUGUUUCUCCAAGACGUACAAAAAAGUGACAGUGAGGAAACUGUGAACCCUUGAAGAGACGCCGACGGCGAGAACGCUCUGGCUUCUCUGGCGUCUCUUCACGUCUCUCACGCCCUCGCAUUUCCGUCUGUUUUGACUCUCCAAGCCUCAGGUGUUCCAAAAAGCUCCGUGAAUCAGAGACGCUCUCGUCGUCUGGGGCCUCUCCACGCUUCCAAUACUUUUCGAUGUUCGCUUUUUUGAUCUUUCAAGCCUUGGCUGAUCACAAACAAUUCUAAGCAAGAGAGGUUAGAGAAGUCAGAAGCGCUCUCGUCGUCUGGCGUCUCUUCAUUUUUCUUGCUCUCUCUCCUUCUUCCACUAUCUUCAAGCCUUAAGUGAUCCCAAAGGAUUCUGAGAAUCUUUAGGAGACUCUCGUCGUCUGGCGUCUCUUCAUUUUACUUGAUCUCUAUCCAUCUUCCAUCAUAUUGACCAUCCAAGCCUUAAGUGAUCCAAAACGAUUCUGAGAAAUUUAAAGACACUCUGAUCAUCUGGCGUCUCUCCUACUCCCUCUUCUCUUGUUCGCCUUAAAAUUUCGCAAUCUCACCAUCUUUCCUCAAAAUCCCAACUUACAGAAAUGUGUCUCGAGUAUCCGAAAAAGAACGAAGCGGAGCGUGUCACGCCUCGCCUGAAUCCCCACGUCGUGCAGGCCCACAUCCUCAUCCAGCCGCUGCCACCGCCGCCAGACGUCGUCAACGAGUUCCCGGCGCGGUUCCAGCCGUACCUGCAGAGAAGACGUCAGCGCUCGAUUGCUGGUCUGAUCGCUCGUCCGCCUCUGGAUCCUGCAGCUCCGACUCGAGCUCCGACCCCUCCGCGUACUCCAGCUCCAGCACCACCUCAGCCUGCUCCGAAUGCUCUGCAGCAGAACGCUCCAGGUCAGCCUCAGCCACUGCCUCGUGAGCAGCUCCAGACGCUCGUCGACGUCCUCGACGGCUCGACGCUUCCUCAUUGCGUCAUCGCCGUGUCCCGAGCGCAGACCGGUGCGAGACGUGCCCAGCCUCAGGCCGCCGGCGCGCCUGCUCAAGGAGCUUCGGCUGCACGUCUUCAGGGUCCGGCUCCGACGCCGUUGCCGCGUCGUCCUCGCGAGGUCGACGACUUUGACGUCACCGCUUCGCCGACCACGCCUCCUCCAGGACUCUCCGAGAGUCAGGGUGAGUUCUGACGUCACUUAUACUGUAGUCCAAUCACGAGAUGCUUGAAACAGCUCGAAAAAAAAAAUUGAGAUCGAAUCGUAAUGAAUAAAAACCAUUCCAAGUCCCAAACGACGUUGUAAUCAAUCAUUAGGCGGAUUGAAAAGUGCACUGAUUAGUGAUUAUUAAGUGAAAGAUUCUACAACUAACUUGUUUUUCUCGUAACCCUGACAACCUAAUUAAAAUCGAAAACAAGCUGACUCAACUAAUAAAUAAUUUCAAGUAAAGCUCAGAAAACAAAUUCUAGCAUGACGUCAUCAAAAUUUAAUGAAAAGUGACGUCAUUUACUCCUAGAUUUUUGAAUAAUCCUAAAUUUUUUUCAAGUAGUGAAAAAAAUGAUACUAUUUCCUUAACAUGAAACUUGUUGAAUGACGUCAUAAAAAUGCCUAUUUAAAAAAAGUCAGUUUAGAAUCAUUUAAUAGACCCUGUUCAAAAAGUGACGUCAUAAAUUUGGAAAAUUUCACAAAUCAAUAAAUGACGUCAUCAGUGUUCAUAGUCAGAUAUAAGAGAGAAGUAGGACACUCCCAAUCGAUUUUACAGCACAUUUCUGGAGAGCAAGUGAAGAAGUGACGUCAUAAAUUUGCUAAUCAAGCUACUUUUUUUUUAUAAAAAUGACGUCAUCUACUGUUUCGAGUCAGAUAUAAGUAAAAAAAGAAAAAGUACUCUAAAUUAAUUUCUGAAACGCACCAUUUUUGAAAAAAAGAAUGACGUCAUAAAAAUUGGCAGAUUUUUGAUAAUCAAGCAAAUUUUUCUUCAAUUACACCCCAACAAUUAUCAAAAUGACGUCAUAAAUUCAACAAAUUUAAAUUAAAAGUUUGAAAGAUGACGUCAUAAAUUCAACAAAUGUCUUAAUAAAGUGGCUUCUUCAUGAAGAUUGCGUGAAAUUUCUCAAAAUGACGUCAUCUUAAAGUCAGAGAUAACAUAGAAGUAGGAUAUCUUUUUUGGAGAGCAAGCUCAAAAAGUGACGUCAUAGAAUCGUGACAUUUUGAUAACCAAACGAAAAAUCCUCAGAAUGACGUCAUAACCUAUACAAAUUUGAAUGAAACGUUUCAUGAUGACGUCAUAAAUUUGCUAAAUUAUAAUAAUCAAGUCUUUAUGAAGGCUGCUUAAAAUUUCUCAAAAUGACGUCAUCAACUACUUAUAAUCAGAGAUUAAAACUUGACGAUUCUAUGACGUCACUUUUUUUAGCUUGUCCGAACAAGGUAUCCUACUUCUUUUUCAUCUCUGACUUGAAGAUGACGUCAUUAUGAGAAAUUUCGAGCAACCUUCAUGAAGAUGAUAUAUGUGACGUCAUCUUGAAACUUUUCAUUGAAAUUUGUUGAAUUUAUGACGUCAUUUCGAGGAUUUUUCUACUUAGCUUUAGGUCAGAACCUUCAAAAGAUAAAAGAGAAGGAGAGUACACAUUUUUUCAAAAAAAGCUCAAAAAGUGACGUCAUAACCGCGUAUUUUUCAGUUCGUCGCUACUGGGUCCGUGGGGCGGAGCACGCCGGCCAGUGUGACGCACCUAAUGGCUGCUCGCGGAUGUGCCAGCUGAUCAAGAUGACGGCGAUCCACGGACGCAACUGUCAGCGACGGACGACGUGCGUCAUCUGCCAGGCCUUCUUCACCGCCGUCCGUCAUCACAUGAUCCUCCGCUGCGACCACGACGUCAACUGCCGCACGCCCUUCUGCGCCGAACUCACCCACGCCUACAAGGAGAGCAUCAAGGAGUGAGUCCUGCUUCAGAAGUCGUCUGUAAUACAGCAUUUGGUGAUAAUCUUAUCCAUUGAUGGGGUCGCCUCCUUAGAUCAUAAAAGAAAAUUUGAAAAACUAGACUUCAGAGCCGCAUUCGGAAUGGCACUAUGACGUCAUAAUCAAUAUUCGUCUCCUUUUCAUUCUUAAAAAUACUUUCUUUCAAUCUCCAUUAUCCGGGAGCCUACCAAAUGAGCUCGACUCCAAUACCGCAUUUGUAAUAGGUUUAUGACGUCAUAACUCAUUCUAAUGACGUCAUAAUAAAAUUUCUUCCCCUUUCCAUUUGGCCGCAUUUGGAAUGGAUUUUAAAAAGUUUUUUUUCUAACUAGUGAAUUGUAUUUUUCAGCUACAUAUUGGCCGCAUUUGAAAUGGCUUUUUUAUGAAAGUUUUUACCAAACUUACCAGGGAAUACUCCGGUCGCAGAGGACCCUUGAAUAAGAACAAGUUUACUAGAUUUAGUUUUUCACGCUGAUUUCAAACCUGGUCUUAAAAACUGCCAAUGAGAUCUGGGAAAAAAGUUAUGGACCCUCAAAAGUCGAAAAUUCCUAUGUCUCCGAUUGACCUUAUUUUUAGGGGGUUUACUUUUGAGGGCCCAUAACUUUUUUCACAGAUCUCUCCGGCAGUUUUUGAGACCAGAUUUGGAAUCAGCGGAAAAACUACAUUCGGGUGUCCUACUGCGACCGGAGACCAUUCCCUGGUUAGAUCAGGAUGGCCGCAUUUGGAAUGACAUUUUGACUGAAUUUCUCUAACCAAUAACUUUAUAAGUUCAGCUACAUGCUGACCGCAUUAAGAAAGACCUUCGAAAACUGUCUACCUCACUAAUAAUCGUCAAACUUUUGCAGCUACAUGCUGGCCUACCGCGACGUGAUGAACAGCUUCCAGACGCAGGAGGAACGCGACGAGUUCCAGCGCGAGUUGCAGCAGUUGCGCGAGCAGCGCAACGUCCGCAGGCCCAAUGUCUACAUGCAUCGAUAA